AUGUCCCACCUCCGCAUCCUCGAGUUCACGGAAAACAUCGAUGACCAGUCGCGCACCGCCUGGGUGCUCGAGCGCCUCCGCUGCCACGCGCGCAGUAGUCCGUCUCGACUGCAAGGGCUGGGACGCCCCGAAAUAUUCCACUAUCUUCCCGACACGCUCGCAGACUCUAUCCCCUUCAUCCGCUCGCUCGUUGGGCUGCGCGCCGUCGCCGCCAAGUAUUCGUUCGGAAUCGAAGCCUGGACCGCGGACAGACGCACCGAGCGGUUCGUCGACCGCACACGCCCUCCCGACGGCAUCUCCACCCUCGAGCUCGGCGGGACCAUCGUCGCGUUGUUCGCGCGACAGGCGCGGUUGGCGGUGCUCCUCCGACGCUUCCCCGGGCUCACGCAGCUGUCGAUCGCGAGCACAAACGGGAUCCGCGUCGAUGGCAGGUGUCCGGUAAAGUUGGCGGAAGCGCUGCGCGGGCGCGGGAAGCCGCUGCCAGAGCUGGUCUUCGUUGGCGAACCCCCGUUUGAGCUAGAGGAGUGGAGGGAUAAGAUGGAGGCCGCUGGGGUCGGGAGUGUGACGCGAGUGGCGGCCGAUGGAGGCUCGGAAGAAGAAGAGGGAAAAGAUGAAUGUCAUUACUAA